AUGACGAAUUCACUUGAGGAACGUCUAAAAACGCAUUCAACGGCAUUCGACGGCUUGUUGUCGUUGAUCCCCGCCAAAUAUUACUACGAUGAUGCUACUCAAGACCAGUGGCAACAGAAGAAAAAACUGAAGCUGGAAACCUCCCGAGACAAGAGAGCCAAGUUGGAUCCUGAGAACGCCGCUAGCGCCGAUUCUUACAACAACGGUGGCGCUUCCGCCAAAGAUGUCAUGGAGAACCGUGCCAAAACGGCAAAGAAGGUAGCUCUUCCCGGAAGUGUGAAGCACUCUUCCACUUCUGAUGAUAAAGAACAAGAAACUGAGCAACGUACGGCUGAAUCGCUUAUUCCUGAAGACGAAGGCCCUGUCAUGGAAUUUGACGACGAGGGAAAUGAGUUGGAUGAGAGCGAAAAGCCAAAGCGCAAGCAGGGUAAAAAAGAGCUUGCACCAGAACAAGUUCAGGCUCGCGAACAGCGAAGAGCUGAGUUGAAGGCUAAGUUGGCCAACAAGAUCUCGCUUUUGAGGGAGAAAAGAAAAGCUCCAGGUACUAAGAACGGAAGACCCGUUAAGUCUCGUGAAGAGAUGUUGGCUGAGCGUAAGAGCAAGGAAGAAUACAAGAGACAGCUUCUUAAAAGAAAACGAGAGAUGGAGGAAAGUGACGAGGAAAAGUCCGACAACGACGACGAAGAUGAGGAUGAAGACGAUGAGGAGCGUGAGAGUGAGCUGAACGUUCUCUUUGGUAACAUUGUGUUUAAGGAUGGAAGCCGAGUGACUUCGGACUUAACCAAGCUCAGAAAUGGAGUUGACCACAAGAAAAAGAAGGGACCAUCCAACAACGAUAUCAAGGGCCACCUCAUGAAAAUCGAGGCCAAGAAGAGAAAGUUGGACCAGAUGACUCCCGAGCAGCGUGCCAAGCAGCAGGAGAAGGACCAGUGGCUGGGACUCAUGGCACAGGCUGAAGGUGUCAAGGUGAAGAACGACGAGAAGCUAUUAAAGAAGGCAUUGAAGAGAAAGGAGAAGCAGAAGCUCAAGAGUGAGAUCGAAUGGAAGGAGCGUAAGCAGGUGGUUAAGGACACCAUUGCAGCCAGACUGAAGAGAAGAGAGGCCAACUUAAAGGCAAGAAGAGACAAUAAAGGCAAGAAGGGCAAGAACCAGCCGCGGUUGAAGAAGUUUAGUGGGGUUGUGAAGAAAGGGAAGGGCAAGGACGGCAAGAAGAGAGCCGGUUUUGAGGGGAGUGCCAAAUCGAAAAAGCUGAAGCAGUAA